AGAUUAAAAUGUAAUCUGGUUUGGGUUUCGACCGGAUUCGGUAGUAAAGUACGCGAGGAAAAUGUUCAAUUCGAUCACGAGGGGUAACCUGAGGACUAUAUGGAGGAAAUUCUCAACUGAAAGUAAAAAACUUGUUGAUGUCGUUGUUGAUAGCCAGACCGGUAUAGCUUCGGUUAUACUGCAAAGGCCGCCAGUUAACAGUUUGAAUUUGGAAAUCAUGACUGAAUUGUCAGGUGCUCUUGGAGAUCUAGAGAAGAAUGAAUGUAAAGGCGUGAUCCUAAGAUCGUCCCUAGAGAAACUCUUCUCAGCAGGUUUUGAUUACAAAGAAAUGCAUAAGCCGACAUUAGAGAGAGCCAAGAAAUUCUGGACUUCCGUACAGGAUGUGUGGAUAAAGCUAUAUGGCCACAGCGCUCCAACAGUAGCUUGUAUGCACGGUGCUACUCCUGCCGGAGCCUGCAUUUUAACAUUAGGCUGUGAGUACAGGGUAAUGGUAAAGGGUGGAAGCAUAGGUCUCAACGAAACUCACAUGGGAUUUAGUCCACCAAUGUGGUUCAUAGAGACUAUGGAAGAUAUAAUAGGUCGUAGACAAAGUGAAUUAGCUUUAACGUCAGGAAGAAUGUUUUCAGCUGAGGAAGCACUCAGCUAUGGACUGAUUGAUGAAAUAGCUGAAAACAAAGAAGAAGCUUUUUCUAAAAGUAUAGCAUUCUGCAAUCUCUUCAAGAAUAUUCCACCUAAAGCGAGAGCGACUACGAAAAAACUGAUCAGAAAUAGGAGACUACAAGCAUUCAUCGAAAACAGGGAACAAGAUUUCAAGGAGUGUUAUGAAGAUGCUAUCUCAGAUGUUGCAGAGGAAAGUUUUGACUCCUUCAUGAAAUCCAUGAAGAAAAAAUAAAUUCCCAGAAUUGAUUAUUUUAUAUCAUUGCGUACCUAAUCAUAAUUACAAAAUAUAAAAUUGUACAGAUAUGAAUGGCAUAUAAAACUUCAAUACAGAAUUGAAAAAUUUUUAAAAUAUAUUUUUAAUAGGUA